UCUCCAGAUUUCUUUGGCUGUCUUGACAGCCGUGGCUGGUGGAAGAGUCUCCUCUGACCGGAGUUGCUGCCCGGCGACUGGGGGAUCAAGAGAGGCUGCUUGGAGCUGGUUCAAAUCUUCUCUCUCUCUCUCUUUCUCUCUCUUUCUCUCUCUCUCCCCUUUUCAUGUGGCACCGAGGAGCCGAGGACACUGCCUGCUGCCUAGAUCUCUCCACACAGCUCUCGGCUUGUGUCUCUCACUUGCCAGCAUCUUCCAGGCGCAACGAAGAUGUCAGUUCUGGGCUUAACUUUUCUCACUUUGCCUCUUGUCGUCCAAGCGAGCACAGCAGGUAUUUGGUGCUAUGAUUCACAAGACCUGAAAUGUGGCCCUUCAUACUGGAAGGACAUCACAAAGAGUUGCGGAGGAGACAGCCAAUCACCCAUCAACAUUGUAAGAAGAAGAACUCAACGGGACUGGACCCUCGACGAAAUCUCGUUUGAAGGUUAUGACCAGGCCCCUGCUGGACCAUGGAGACUCCUCAACGAUGGACACACAGUGACUAUGAACCUGGACGGAGCUUCUGCUGCAGAACAAAUCAAUAUCACCAAAGGGGGGCUCCAAGACACGUACCGGGCCCUGCAGUUCCACUUCCAUUGGGGGGAUAUCAACAAAAAUGGUUCGGAGCACACGAUUGAUGGACAGCAAUACCCAAUGGAGCUGCACCUUGUUCACAUGAAUACCAAAUACAAAACCUUAAAUGAAGCAAAGGGACAUCCUAAUGGAUUGGCUGUCCUAAGCUUCUUGUUUCAGGUGUCAGAAAUGGAUAACACCAAUUACAACACAAUUGUCGCUGGCCUCAAAAACAUCUCUCGUGCGGGGGUUUCAGUCGACUUAGCAUCCACAUUUCCUCUGAGCAACCUGCUUCCCAACAUGGGCUUGCUCUCCAAAUAUUAUCGCUACAAAGGUUCCCUCACCACGCCUGGGUGUGAAGAAGUGGUUGUUUGGACUGUCUUUGAAGAACAGAUCCCAAUCAGCAAGCCUCAGCUGAAUGCCUUUGUGAGUACCCUUUACUUUAAAACUGAGCCAAAGCUGGUGAAAAUGGCCAACAACUUCCGUCCUCCGCAGCCUCUGAAAAGCCGCAAAGUCUACGCAUCCAAAGAAGCCACCAUCAACCACAGCCCACCGCUGCCUGCCAGUCUCCCCUUUUCUCUAUUUUUAGCUUUUCUAACUGGCCAGUUGUCUGGUCUCUGUUAAUUGUCUUGGCCGGUCAUGACCAACUGUUAACUUCAUAGCGUUUUCAUAGCCAUGCUUUUUCACUGUGAUCCUUUUUCUAGCACUGAACUGAACAAAAUGUUGGCCGAUUACUCACCGGUGCUGGGGCGCACAGCGGGACUGGAAGAGCGUCAGGGCAAGAAAUCUUGUCCUGAUGCGCUUCCUCUUGCCCCAUGCGUACUUCUUGCUUUCCACGCAGAAUGCGAGACAACUUCCGGUGCAACUUUCUGCGCCAGAGCAAGGCGAGGGCGGGGAACAGCUGACAGUGGGUAAUCAGCCAUUGAGGGAAAGUCAACUGGUCAGGGAAGGGAAUAAAGCAACAUCUGGAUAUUGCAUUUUGGGUUUGGGAAAAGGCCACCGUUCUAUAUGGAAGGGCCCGCGGAACUUGCUUUGCAUGCGUUGGGGCGCAGGUUUCACUUCCUGGCAUCUUCCGUUGAAGCAUCUUUGACCAAAGAGCUGAAAAAAAAAACGUUUUCUUUGCUUGAGAUGCUGGAGAAUUGCUGUCAGUCGGAGUUGGCAAUACCAAGCUUGGGAAUUGAUUAAGAACAAUCCGUAGAGAUGUCUACCACCUUUUUGCCGUUGUCUGUGGUGAUGCGCUUGGGGUAACAAGGCGCACAAAACAUUUUGCCAUCAGAUUGUGAAAAAAAAAUCGGGUUUAAACAAUGCAAAAAGAAGUUAGAAUAAAUCCAGAAUUCUUACUUUUUCUA